AUGAAUCAACAAAAAUUAUGGAAUCCCAAUGCUCCUUUGUUACUACUCGACACCAUACGCAAUUGUAAGAAUUGCGAGACUUAUCAAAGUUUUAAAGAUCUUCCGGUUGAAUUACCAAAUUUUAAGCCUAUUCCUGUAUUAACAACCUGGCAUUUAGAUUUUGCAGGUCUUUUCCCAAUAGAUGACGAAUUUCGAUACUUCAUUAUUGCCGUUGACUAUACUUCCAAUUUUACAGAUACUACACCUCUAAUCUCUCCAAACAGUGAUGCGGUUUGUAAAAUGAUCCUGAGAAAAUAUAGAAUGUUUGGCAAACCACGAACAAACAUUACCAAUAAUGUAGCAAGUGCUACAUCUCAUACGAUUGCAGAUGAAAUUAACCACCUAAAAAUCAAAUAUAUCCAGAGUUCUGUCUACAGCCCUGUGGCAACAGCAAGGCUGAACGUACUAUAA